GUUUCUACACUCAUCUUCGCUCCACCUUGCUUGCUCUGUGCUGUAAAAGAAGCCAAAACGACGACGUUUUUCUAAAUGCUUUCUUCUCCGCAAAGAAACAAACGAAACGGAGCACGGGGGAAUGGUGAGGUAGAAGCAGGACGAAGAAGGUGGAGGUCACUCGGCUGUCCGAUCGAGUCUCUGUAGCUUCCGAGUUGACUGAGUGAGAGACAAGAUGAGUCAGGAAUCGUUUAUAUACAGCUUCGUGGCGAGAGGAACGAUGGUAUUGGCGGAGUACACCGAGUUCACUGGCAACUUUCCCGCAAUUGCGACUCAGUGCCUCCAGAGGCUGCCGUCCGCUAACAACAAAUUCACCUACAACUGCGAUCACCACACCUUCAAUUUCCUCGUUGAGGACGGCUAUGCUUAUUGUGUUGUUGCCAAAGAAUCUGUUGGAAAGCAGGUGUCCAUUGCAUUUUUGGAACGUAUGAAAGCAGACUUUAAGAAAAGAUAUGGAGGAGGUAAAGCAGACACGGCAACUGCCAAAAGUCUCAACAAGGAUUUUGGACCAAUUAUGAAAGAGCACAUGCAGUAUAUCAUUGACCAUGCUGAAGAGAUAGAAAAACUGUUAAAAGUGAAGGCUCAAGUUUCUGAAGUUAAAAGUAUUAUGUUGGAGAAUAUUGACAAGACUCUUGAGAGAGGUGAGAACCUAACAAUUCUUGCUGACAAGACUGAAGAUCUGCGUUCACAGGCCCAGCAGUUCAAGAAACAAGGGUCACAAGUCCGACGGAAGAUGUGGUUUCAAAACAUGAAAAUAAAGUUGGUUGUUCUUGGAAUCUUAUUGAUCCUUGCCCUGGUAAUCUGGGUUUCUAUUUGCCAUGGAUUUAAUUGCUCCAACUAGUGAUUCUCCAGCACACAAUUAGACAGACCAGUCAAGAUUCAACAAAGUGUAAGAGUUUCAAUUUUCAAAGAUUUGAGUAGAGCAGAGGAUUGUUACCUCAUCAGAAGGGUUUGCGAUUUUGGGGAGUCAUUGAAACUUCAUGAGAAACAGGGGGAGAAAGGAAGAGAGCUUUUCAGGUGUAGUGAAAGUGAUAUCUUGUUCUUGUGCUUAAAUUUUACAACAGAAAUAAACAGUAUCCUUGUGCAAUGUUCAAUAAUAAUCCUCCAGAUGUUCAAAAAACUCGUCGGACCAACUCCCAAGUACAUCUCUUCUAGAGGGACCAAGUUCCCUGGAUCUGCUCAUAUGAUACUCCAUUAUUAACUGAAUUUCUCUGAGUGAUCAUCAA